AUGAAGCGCGUGGGCUCCUUCAAGGAGGCCAUCGACAUCGCCUUCGAGCUUCCGGCCGGCGCCGUCCCGUACGAGGAGUUCGACUUCGAGCCCUACUUUGACGAGUCCAAGAACGAGGAGGAGCUGCGCAAGACAUGGCGCAUCUUCACCAAGGUCAAGGACGUCCUCGACAACGGCCUGCGCCUCGAGAACGCCUCCUGGCGCCUCUGGUUCAAGGAGCGCAGCAAGGCCGGCGGCAUCGCUCCGACGGAGGUCGAACAGGCUAAGAACCUCUCCGAGCUCGAGAAGUACGACCUCAACCUCGACGCCAGCCUCAAGAAGGCAGAGGCCGACACCGACAAGAUCGUCGGCGACAUGUUUGGCGGCAUGCAGACCAAGUUUCAGGAGGAGAACGACAAGGUCGCCGUGCGCGCAAAGGCCGAGCGCACCCGCGCCCUGCUCGAGCUUGCCAAAAAGCACGGCAUAUCGGAAGAUGCCGUCGAGGACAUCCUCGGCUGGGUCCAGAACGCUGUGCUGCAGGCGGAGGAAGUCCGCAUCCUCGAGGGCUCGGACAUCCUCCCGGCCACCACCAAGGACGCCCACCUGUUCCUUGACAGCACCACCUACCUGCCCCGCCCGCGCGUGGCCGCCUUCUGCCACUCGCUGGAGCGCAACGGUGCCAACAACUUCCUGCUCUACCUGCUGCGCGAGCUGCGCGAGGAGCUCUCGUUCGACCUCAUCUCGCCCAAGGAGGGCGCGAUGCGCGCCGACUACGAGGCCAUGGGCAUCCCGGUCACCAUCCAGAGCAUGAAGCUCGCGUCGUACCCGGACGACGUGCGCGUGCUGCUCAAGAAUUUCCAGUACGCGAUCGCCAAUACGAUCAUGACGACCGAGGUGAUCAACGCGUCGCGCGACCUAGAUAUCCCGUGCCUGUGGGUGAUCCACGAGGCCUGGCCCAAGGACCAGUUCAACUACUACGCAAAGGAGGUCUUCAUGAUGACGCACCUGGACGAGCAGGCCAUCCGGGACGCAUUUGCCAACGCCUCCAAGAUCGUGUUCCCCGCCAAGGUGCAGCGGCGGUGCUACGACGGCUUGUUCAAGGCCGGCAACGCGCGCGUGAUCUACAACGGCAUCCCACUGGCCAGCAUCAACGCGUUCCGCGCCGAGCAGAGUCGGGACCGUGUGCGCGAGGACCUCGGGUACGGGCCGGAGGACUUUGUCCUCGUGCACAUGGGGACGGUGUGCAAGCGCAAAGCGCAGCUGGUGACGUGUCAGGCGUUCGCGGAGCUGUACUCGACGGUGUCGCUCCCGGACGACAGGCAGUUCAAGCUGCUGAUGGUCGGGGCGCGGUACAUCCGGCAGCACGAGAUUAACUACAUCGAGGAGUGCAAGGAGACGCUGGAGAGCGUCGGGGCGGAAGCGGCCGCGACGAUCCUCGACGUGAAGAAGAACGUGCUGCCGUACUACCUCGCGGCCGACGUGAUCCUGUGCCCCAGCAUCAACGAGGUGCUGCCGCUGGUGAUUUGCGAGGCGAUGGCGUUCGAGCGCCCCGUGAUUGCGACACGCAUCGACGGCAUCCCAGAGGCGCUCAGCGACGGCGUCGAGGGCCUCCUCAUCGAGCCCGGCAACCCUGCAGCGCUCUUCGACGCGAUCGAGAAGCUCGCCGUCAACGCUGACAUGCGCGAGAGGAUGGGCAUCGCGGGCAGGCAAAGAGUGCUCCAGCAGUUUAGCUUUAGCACGAUGUCCAAGACGUACCGUGAAACCAUCACCGUGGACUUGCCCGAGAUCGUGGCCAAGGCGUGAGGCCGGGAGGACGACGUGGGGUGGAAGUAGAUUGUUGAUGGGGCGGGGAGGGCGGCUGUGGGUCGCCUGCUGUCAUAUACCGUAUAGAGUAAUAGGUUUUUAUUUGUUUAAAGGCUUUUGCGCAAUGGCAGAGUCGAUAAGUACCGCUUUCUACCUUACCUUCUUCCCGUACAAUGCCAGCUACCGUUUACCGGG